CGGUGUCGCCGUGACGACCGCGCCGUGGCCCCGCCUUCCCGCUCGCCUCGCAUCCUGGCUCCCUCCUGCCGUGGUCCGGUGCCAGGGCGUCCGUCCAGCCGCCCGCCGGUCCCAUCCAUCCAUCCCUCCAUCCUCCCCCCCCCCAUCCUUUCCUCCCUGCCCAGGGCCCCGGGCUCCGGCCGCGGGGACAGCUCCCAGGCUGGAAGAAGGGCAGCCUGGAAGGGGGGUACGGCCAUGGAGGAGGGGUCCUCGAGCCGGGCAGCCCCGGAGGAGGACGAGGCUGCCGCCGCCCCCAACCCCUUCGUCCACGAGCUGCAGUUGACCCGCCUGCAGAAAGUCAAGUUCUAUGUGCUGGGAGCUGUGCUGGCCCCGAUCCGUGUCGCUCUGGCCUUCGUGGUCCUGUUCCUCAUCUGGCCCUUUGCCCUGCUCCAGGUGGUGGGAUUACCGGAAGAGACCCUCCAGGAGCCCUUCUCCGGUUGGAGAAACACAGUUUCUCACGGUUCUGUCUACUUCCUGAGCCGCCUGAUGUUCUUCUUGCUGGGCUUCAUGAGGAUACGGGUCCGGGGUCAAAGGGCUUCGCGGCUGGAAGCUCCCAUCCUGGUGGCGGCCCCUCACUCGACCUUCUUUGACCCGAUCAUCCUUCUGCCCUGCGACCUCCCUAAGGUGGUCUCUCGCACCGAGAAUCUCCACGUGCCCGUCAUUGGAGCCCUGCUGAGGUUUAACCAGGCCAUCCUGGUCUCCCGUCACGACCCGGCUUCUCGCAAGAAGGUAGUGGAGGAAGUGAAGAAACGGGCAACUUCCCGAGGGAAAUGGCCGCAAGUGCUUUUUUACCCAGAGGGAACCUGCUCAAACAAGAAAGCCUUACUGAAGUUUAAACCAGGUGCCUUCAUAUCUGGUGUCCCCAUCCAGCCGGUCCUCAUUCGAUACCCAAACUCUCUGGAUUCGACAACAUGGGCAUGGAGAGGACCUGGAGUGUUAAAAGUCAUCUGGUUAACAGCAUCUCAGCUCUGCACAACAGUGGAAGUAGAGUUCCUCCCAGUUUAUCAGCCCAGCGCUGAGGAGGCUGUGAACCCUACACUGUACGCUAAUAAUGUCCAGAAAGUGAUGGCCAAAGCCCUGGGAAUCCCGGCUACAGACUGCGAGUUUGUGGGCAACCUUCCAGUCACCGUCGUGGGGCGCUUGAGAGUGGCCCUGGAACCACGCAUCUGGGAGUUGGGCAAAGCACUCCGGAAGGCCAGGUGCCCGACAGGUGGAGUCAAGGGCCAGUUGGAUUCCUUGCAUGCAGGUGCAUCAGGGCAGCUAGGGCCGAAGGAGCUGGGUCACUGGCUGGGGCUGGCCUGCCCCGAGGAUGUCGAAGGGCUCUGCACCUAUUUCCAGCAGGACGCCGAUGGCAACAUGGACUCCCGGGAAGUGGCCCUGGCCCUGGAGGCAUUGGAAGGAGAGCACAACCCACAGGCACUGACGUUUCGUGCUUUUAAGCUCUUCAAGGAGACAGACGGCGAGGCAGAGAACGGCCGGCUUCGCCUGGAUGGAUUCUGCGCCAUUUUGCGCCUCCUGCUGGGCACACCAGGUGCAGAUGGGGCCGAACUCUAUAGUCGGCUUUGUGGGGACCACAGCCAAGAUGGACUGACCCUCGAUGAGUUCCAAGACUUCUCUCUCCGCCACCCUGACUAUGCCCGCCUCUUCAGCACGUACCUGCGCCCCCCCGUGGCGUGUACUCUGUCCAAGCCCAGCCUCCCGCCCACCUAUGCUAAUGGCGUUCCUGCCUCCCCUCCCAAGAGCAAGGCAGACUGAACCCCCCGAAAACUCUUUAGCCAUGUGUAUACAACGAAACACACACACACACACACACACACACACACACACAGCCAUGCCACAUCCUUGGCCACGCAGACCCCGCCCCUCCUGCUCGCUUGCUCGCUCUCUGCCGCCACGGUGGUUAGGCAAAGGGGGGCGGAGACACCCCCAUCUCAGGGCAACCGUAACCGGGGAAUCACAGCCGCAAGUUCUUUGGGGAUUGGGGCUUCUCUCCGUUUAUUUUAAAAAGUUUUAUUUUUGUUAUGUUUCGAUUAUAUCAUUUUAUCUU